CGCCGGCCGGCUCCCCUCCCCCGGCCGCUGGCUCGCUCGGCUCGCAACGCUGCAGAGGCUCCGAGGCGGCGGCGGCGCGGCGACUCCCUCUUUCCCUCCCUCCUUCUCCGUCCGUCCGUGCGUCUGUCCGUUCGGCCUCGGUCCGGCCCGCAGCAUGGCCGGCGUCAGCUUCAGCGGCCACCGCCUGGAGCUGCUGGCGGCGUACGAGGAGGUGAUUCGGGAGGAGAGCGCGGCCGACUGGGCUCUGUACACAUAUGAGGAUGGCUCAGAUGACCUCAAGCUUGCAGCGUCAGGAGAUGGGGGCUUGCAGGAGCUCUCUGGCCACUUUGAGAACCAGAAGGUGAUGUAUGGCUUCUGCAGCGUCAAGGACUCCCAGGCUGCUCUGCCGAAAUACGUGCUCAUCAACUGGGUUGGCGAAGAUGUGCCUGAUGCCCGCAAAUGUGCUUGUGCCAGCCACGUGGCUAAGGUGGCCGAGUUCUUCCAGGGCGUUGAUGUGAUCGUGAACGCCAGCAGUGUGGAAGACAUAGAUGCGGGCGCCAUCGGGCAGCGGCUCUCCAACGGGCUGGCACGGCUUUCCAGCCCCGUGCUGCACCGACUGCGGCUGCGUGAGGAUGAGAACGCCGAGCCGGUGGGCACCACCUAUCAGAAGACCGACGCAGCUGUGGAGAUGAAGCGGAUUAACCGCGAGCAGUUCUGGGAGCAGGCCAAGAAGGAGGAAGAGCUGAGGAAGGAGGAGGAGCGGAAGAAGGCUCUGGAUGAGAGACUCCGGUUUGAGCAAGAGCGGAUGGAGCAGGAGCGGCAGGAGCAGGAGGAGCGGGAGCGGCGCUACCGGGAGCGGGAGCAGCAGAUCGAGGAGCACAGGAGGAAACAACAGACUUUAGAAGCAGAGGAGGCCAAGAGGCGGUUGAAGGAGCAGUCUAUCUUUGGUGACCAGCGGGAUGAGGAGGAAGAGACCCAGAUGAAGAAGUCAGAAUCGGAGGUAGAGGAGGCAGCAGCCAUUAUUGCCCAGCGACCUGAUAACCCACGGGAGUUCUUUAAGCAGCAGGAAAGAGUUGCAUCGGCCUCCGCAGGCAGCUGUGAUGUGCCCUCACCCUUCAACCACCGACCAGGUCGUCCGUACUGCCCUUUCAUAAAGGCAUCGGACAGUGGGCCUUCCUCCUCCUCCUCUUCCUCCUCCUCCCCUCCACGGACUCCCUUUCCCUAUAUCACCUGUCACCGCACCCCAAACCUCUCUUCCUCCCUCCCAUGCAGCCACCUGGACAGCCACCGGAGGAUGGUGCCUACCCCCAUCCCUGCCCGGAGCCCAUCUGACUCCAGCAUGGCCUCUACCCCUGUCACUGAGCAGAUCGAGCGGGCCCUGGAUGAGGUCACGUCCUCGCAGCCUCCACCACUGCCACCACCACCCCCAGCAGCCCAAGAGACCCAGGAACCCAGCCCCGGCCUGGAUAGUGAAGAGACCAGCAAGGAAGCCAGAGCAGCAGACCCUCAGGCCUGGGCCAGCCCCCUGGAGGAGUCCCCUCAGGCACCAGAGCCUCCCCAGGGCCAAGGCAGCCCCACAGAGGACUUGAUGUUCAUGGCGUCUACAGAGCAGGCAGUCCUGGCUGCCUCUCUAGAGCCUGCCAUGGCUGGAGCCUCUGCAGCUGACACCCCAGCAGCUGAUGCCAUUGAAACCGACGCUGCCGCUGCUGACACCAGUGUUGCCAACACCGUCACCCCUGCCACUGCCAGCCUCAUUGACCUAUGGCCUGGCAAUGGGGAAGGGGCCUCCGUACCCCAGGCUGAGCCUAGGGCCCCCACACCACCCUCAGGUGCCGAAGUCACUCUGGCAGAAGUGCCCCUGCUGGACGAGGUGGCUCAGGAGCCACUGCCGCCGGCUGGUGAAGGCAGUGCCAACCUUCUCAAUUUUGAUGAGCUGCCUGAGCCACCAGCCACCUUCUGUGACCCAGGGGAGGAAGUAGAAGGGGAGCCCCUGGCUGCCCCCCAGGCUCCAACUCUGCCCUCAGCUCUAGAGGAGCUGGAUCAGGAGCCGGAGCCGGAGCUGGAGCCAGAGCCCCAGCUGCUGACCAAUGGCGAGACCACCCAGAAGGAGGGGACCCAGGCCAGUGAGGGGUAUUUCAGCCAAUCACAGGAGGAGGAGUUUGCCCAAUCGGAAGAGCUGUGUGCAAAGGCUCCACCUCCUAUGUUCUACAACAAGCCUCCAGAAAUCGACAUCACCUGCUGGGAUGCAGACCCGGUACCAGAAGAGGAGGAGGGCUUCGAGGGUGGCGACUAGCGGUGAUGCUUGCCCUCAGGCUGCCCUCGCCAAGGCCGCCCACCUGCGCUGGCCUCUGGCCAGACGGCCCGCAGUGCCUGCACUUGCAGCAGCUCCGCCUGGCACCCACUCUGGAUUCCGGCCCUGGCCGGGGACUUGGCCGCUUCCCUACCCACAGGGCCCUACUUUUACAGCUUUUCUCUCUUUUUUAAAGUUGAUAGGAGACUUGUACAGUUGACUGGUUUUCCUCCCGUUGGUAGUUGAGAUGCUGUUGCAAAUUCCACCCCCUUCCCACCCGGUCCAGAUUGUAGCUCUUAGUCCUCCCUGCUCACUCAGCUGGCCGGGGUGGAGGCCUCACCCUGCUUGGGGCCUGGCGUGGGGGGAAGUUCUGGUGGGAAAAUGUUCCCCCCACCUCUUUUCCUAGUUUUCUGUUUCUUGGAAAAAUAUCACUUUGUAUUCUCUGUC